UCCAAUCGGAAUCGAGGCAAUAUUUCAGUGCAAAAUUUGAACCCUGGCGCAGAAACAACAGACGAGACGACGCUCUGAAGUUUAGAUAGAUGAUUGUCUUUCGUUUUAUGCAAUUGCGUUUGAAUAGAGGUAUUUUAGGCAGUACUUUUUAAAAUUUUAACAGUGACUUUUGAAGGUGACGUACAACCAUGAGGAGGAGUGAAGUCCAUGCUGCGGAAUCCGUAGCAUGUCUGAAUCAAGCCCUGAACCGGUUGAAGGCCAUCUGGGAGGAAAUAGGGAUCCCAGAGGAUCAGCGAUUGCAGAGGACAGAUGUGGUAAAGAAACAUAUCAAAGGCUUGCUGGACAUGAUGAUUGCAGAAGAGGAUCGCCUCAGGAAGAGAUUAAUGAACAGCAUAGAGACCUGUCGAAAAGAGCUGGAUGUCCUGUGCACCGAUCUUCAACUGCCCCCUUUUGAGGAGGACGAGGGGAGGACGAUGCUACAGCUGGAGAAGGACAUCCGUACCAGGUUGGAGGUGUUGAUGAAGCAAAAGAGCCAGAGAAUGAAGGAGCUGAAGGCCUUGUACAAGCAGGACCGGGAGCUGUGUGACGUCAUGUGUCUGGUGCCCUUCUCUAUUGACACGGACUCUGUCCCGUCGCUGGAGCGCCUCGAUGAGUACCGCUCAUACCUGGUCGGUCUCGCCAAAGAGAAGGAUCGUCGUCACGAGGAGUUUGUGGACAUCAAGCGUCAGAUCGUUGGGUGCAUGGAGGAGCUGGAUCGCCUGCCGGACACCAGCUUUGAGAGGGACGUGGUGUGUGAGGACGAGGAGGCCUUCUGCCUGUCCAACGACAACAUCGCCGCUCUCAGACUGCUGCUUGGGCAGCUGGAGGAGCGCAAAGCGGAGAAUGUUCGGGAGUGCGACUCGUACCGCCGGAGGAUCCAGGAGCUGUGGGAGAGACUGCGGGUGCCGCAGGAGGAGAGGGAGGCCAUGGCUGAACACAGGCUCCACUCCAGGAAGAAGAACAUGAACGCUCUACAAGCAGAGGUUGAGCGCCUGGAGGAGCUGAAGAGCCAGAACCUGAAGGAGGUGAUGGAAGCCAUCCGGACUGAGCUGGCUUUGUUCUGGGAGAAGUGUUACUACAGCUUGCAACAGAGACAGGACUUCACGCCGUACAUCGACGACGUGUUCACAGAGGAGCUUCUGAACCUGCAUGAGAUGGAGCUCCAGAGUCUGAAGGAGCAUUACGAGAACCACCGGGAGCUUUUUGAGGGUGUCACCAAGUGGCAGGAGAGCUGGACUCUGUUCCUGGAGCUGGAGAAGAAGGCAACGGAUCCUUCUAGAUUCAACAACCGGGGAGGGAAUCUGCUCAAGGAGGAGAAGCAGAGGGCCGACCUCCAGAAGAGCCUGCGCAAGUUGGAGAAGUCCCUGAAGGUCCAGAUAGAUGCGUGGGAGGAGGCGCAGAACAGGGAGUUCCUGGUGAACGGACAGAAGUUCCUCCAGUAUGUAGAGGCGCAGUGGGAAGUUCUGCGCCUUGAAAAGGAGAGGGAGAAAAUCGACCGGCAACAGAAGAAGAGUCAGCAGAUGGAGCAGGACCUGAUGUAUGGCACGUCUGUGAAGACACCCUCCAAAAGACGGCUGGCUGGGACCCCCACACCUGGCAAAGCCAGGAGGGUAAAUCUCAAUGCCACGUCCAGCGUCUCCGGCGCCACUCCCAACAGCACCUUACGCUCGGCCUUCGGAGGGACUGUGUGUCGUUCUCCUUUGCCAAGAACUCCCAUGUCUGCCAACAAGCUCAAUGGCACGUCCACCGUCUCGAGCUCCACUAACAGCACCUUACGCUCAGUUUUCGGAGGAACCGUGUGUCGUUCCCCUGUGCCCAUGUCUGCCAGCAAGCAAAGUUUAAGGACCCCUGGCCGCCUUGGGAGAACCCCCCGCACGGUGGAGCGCAACAAGGAGAACAUGUCCCUGCAGAAUGGCAUGGAUCUCCGCGGUGUGUUGAAGGCCCCUGCUGCUAGCUCUGUCUCGCACUGUAACGCCAGCAUUAACUCUGUCGCCAGCACCUAUUCGGAAUUUUCGAAGGAUUUUGUCAACAUUGAGUCCACUGCCAUAACCAGUGUUGACUGAGUGCAAUCCAGCUAUGGAGUUAUCAGGGAAAGGUGGCGUUUUGAGCAACAUCUCUCAAAAGCUUCCAAAUCUAACAUCAAGACCGGACACCUGAACUCAACUGUCACCC